AUGGAAAAUCAAACAAUUGUCUCUUACUUUCUGCUCCUGGAAUUCUCCAAAGAUCGGCAUCUGCAGUUUUUACAUUUCUUCUUAUUCUUCAUAUUAUAUCUGGCAGUUACAUCAACAAAUCUUCUCAUCAUCUCUGCAAUAGCUUUUGACCAUCAACUACACAGCCCCAUGUACUUGUUUCUGCUAAAUUUGGCAGUACAGGAUGUGGGCAUUGUUUCAGCCAUUAUCCCUAAAUCCAUGAUAAAUUCUCUCAUGGACACCAGACACAUCUCUUACUUUGGUUGCUUUGCACAAGUCUUGAUCUUUUCCUCCUUUGAAGCUUCUGAUUUAUUCCUUCUGACAGUUAUGGCAUAUGAUCGUUAUGUUGCCAUUUGUCAUCCAUUGCACUAUGAACUGAUAAUGAAUUGGAAAGCCUGCACCAAAAUAGUGGUUCUGGUGUGGGUCACAAGUCUUCUCUAUGGUAUGUUUCACACCAUUGGUACUUUUUACCUCCCUUUCUGUUCUAAUGUUGUCAACCAAUUUUUCUGUGAAAUUCCACACUUGCUAAAACUGUCCUGCUUUGGUUUCAAUCUAGUUGAAGUUGGAUUCCUUGUAGCUAGUAUAAUCACUUUAGGAUUAGGUUGCGUUAUUUAUAUCAUUGUCUCCUACACUAGGAUCUUCAUGGCAGUGUUGAGAAUUCCUUCUGUGAAAGGAAGGCAGAAGACCUUUUCCACUUGUCUUCCCCACCUUACAGUCUUUUCAGUGUUUUUAGUAACAGUGUGCUUGGCAUAUUUGAAACCUCCCUCUAACACCCAAUCUUACCUAGAUUUCACACUAACUGCUCUAUAUUCCUUACUUCCACCCGUGUUUAAUCCAAUCAUCUAUAGCAUCAGAAAUAAGAAUAUCAAAUCUGUUCUAUAUAAAUUGUGGCAUUUCUGA